AAACCAUCGGUAUGUGUUAUAGAUCUGUCCAGUAGGUGUCAGCACUCAAACAAAAUGGACAACAUUCAGUAUGUCUUCUGCUGCACUGUACUGAAGCCCGCGCAGUUGUAGUCCUGUGUUUACAACACUCAAACACUCUCUUCAACCAAACAAGAGCUUUUUCUGUGGAUUGGGAGCGAGAGCUCCACGUUAUGUCAUGCAUGAUGAGUGUGGAUGUGAAGAAACUGAAAGUGAACGAGCUGAAAGAGGAGUUACAGAAGCGUGGGAUGGACACCCGAGGCCUCAAAGCGGAUCUGGUCGAGCGUCUGCAGUCGGUUCUGGAGGCUGAAAAGGACUCCAGCUGUGAUGAGGAGGCUGAAGCAGGUGUUGCAGAGGCUGGGAAUGAUGAGCGGUCUGAUCCAGGGCAGAUGGAUGCAGAGAAACAGGGCUCUGAUAGUGAUCCUAAAUCUGAGACUGUAGAGGAACAACAGGCAACUGUUGAGAUGAUCUGCAAAGAAGAAGAUGAAGUGGCACCAGUAAAGGUGAAAAAUGAAGAUGAGAUAAAGCCGGAGCAACAGGAGCAGCAGCGAUCUGACCCUGGCAGUGAAUGGGAAGAUCUGGAGAGCCUGCAGACUGUAGAAUCCAAGACUGAACAGGAAGGACAUGCACAACAUGGCCACAAGAGGCGCUAUGAUGAGAGCCACAGCUACAGCUAUUAUGAACACCGUGAAGACAGGAGGUCUCGUUCUCCUCUGCCUCCUGCUGAAGAGGAUGAGGAAGACUUUGAUGGCACGCUAGUGGCCAUUGACACUUAUAACUGUGACUUGCACUUCAAAGUCUCUCGGGAUCGCUGCAGUGGAUAUCCUCUGACAAUUGAAGGGUUUGCUUAUCUGUGGUCUGGAGCACGAGCCACAUAUGGUGUAAACAAGGGACGUGUGUGCUAUGAGAUGAAGGUCAUAGAGCAUAUAUCAGUAAAGCAUCUUCCCAGCAGUGAGCCUGACCCGCAUGUUGUGAGAGUCGGGUGGUCUCUGGAUUCCUGCAGCACACAGCUUGGAGAGGAGCCAUUCUCUUAUGGGUAUGGCGGAACAGGGAAAAAGUCUACCAGUUGCAAAUUUGAAGAUUACGGAGAGAAAUUUGGUGAAAGCGAUGUCAUUGGAUGUUAUAUUGACUUUGAUAGCCAUGAACAGGUGGAAAUGGCUUUCUCGAAGAACGGGAAGUGGCUUGAUGUGGCAUUUCACAUAUCUAAGGAAGAGCUGGCUGGUCGUGCUCUGUAUCCUCAUAUCCUGGUAAAGAACUGCGCUGUCCAGUUUAACUUUGGCCAACGGGAGGAACCUUUCUUUUCUUUGCCAGAUGGCUACACAUUCAUCGGGGCUGUCAGCAUGGAGAACAGGGUCAGAGGGACUGUUGGUCCUGCCAACAAAUCUGAUUGUGAGGUCCUGAUGAUGGUCGGUCUUCCUGCUUGCGGUAAAACCACAUGGGCCUCUAAGCAUGCAGGAAUGAACCCAGAGAAGAAGUAUAACAUCCUGGGCACAAAUGCCAUCAUGGAGAAAAUGAAGGUGAUGGGAUUGCGUCGCCAGCGAAACUACGCCGGACGCUGGGACAUCCUGAUUCAGCAGGCCACUCAGUGUCUGAACCGACUGAUCCAGAUUGCCGCCCGCAAAAAACGGAACUACAUCCUGGAUCAGACAAAUGUAUAUGGAUCAGCCCAGAGACGAAAAAUGCGUCCUUUUGAAGGGUUUCAACGCAAGGCUAUUGUAAUAUGUCCCACGGACGAAGAUUUAAAAGAACGAGCGUUAAAGCAAACUGAGGAAGGGAAGGAUGUGCCCGAUCAUGCUGUUUUAGAAAUGAAAGCCAACUUUGUGCUGCCAGAGGUUGGAGACUUCCUUGAUGAAGUGAGCUUUGUUGAGCUGCAGAGACAAGAGGCAUCGGAGCUGGUGAAACGAUACAAUGAGGAGGGCCGGAAGGCCGGGCCUCCGCCGGAGAAACGCAUCGACAGCUGGGGACACCGUAGACGCGAAAGCGGCUACCAGCAGUACGACAACCACGGAGGAUCAAGAGGAGACCAUCGGAACAGAGGAGGACCUGGAGGAAGCUAUAGAGGAGGUUAUAACCGUGAUGGUUACACUCAGAACCGCUGGGGAGGUAAUUACAGAGACGGGCGAGAUGGACACAGCAGCAGACAUCAGUCUGAAGGAACCUACAAUAAUAACCGCUAUGGAUCCUAUAACAAAGAAGGAUAUAGCCAAAGCUAUCAUCAGGGUUAUAAUCCAGGCUACAACCAGGGCAACUAUAGCCAAGGAAACUACAACCAAGGCUACAACUAUGGCAACUACAGCCAAUAUCCAGGUUAUGGACAAGGUUACCAUGACAGUCAAGGAUCUGGACAAUCAUAUAACCAGCAGAACUACAAUCAGCAGUAUCAACAGUAUGCGCAGCAGUGGCAGCAGUAUUAUCAGAAUCAGAGCCAGUGGAACCAGUACUACAGUCAAUAUGGGAACUACUCUGGACAGCAGGGCUCACAGUGAACAGGAACUACGCUCUGACGUCAUCACCUCUGUAAUCACACACGUAUACAUGCUUCUCUUAUUAAAAUACGUCCUUCCACUUUAACUACCGUCAUUUAAUUUUCUCUUUCAUGCAUCUUGUUAAACCAUUUACAAUUUGUUUUUUUUCCUAAGACUGUUAUAAGUCAAUGAUUGUUCUGAACUAAAUGACUCAGUAUACAAGUUACUGAUAUGAUCAUACUAGAUACAGUCAAACCCCUGAGGUUGAAAUAAAGGACUAUAAUAUAUGACUGAUUUCUAGUAUAUGUGAAAGAUAGUAUUAUUGGAAGGUGCUUCAUGUUGUAGUACCACAAACAACCUGCAGGUGUAGAAACUGUGAGAUGCUUCCUCAACACUGAUUGCUGUUUUGAUUUGCCUAAAUUCCAUUUAAUUUGGAAUGUAGAUGCUUUUCAUAUAACUAUUAUAAGUCUUAAUUUAAUUAGACAUAAGACAUGUUUUUUGUUUAAACUGUAGUUGUUCAAUGUUUUAUAUACUCAUUGGCAUCGCAAACAAGUAAGUUGAGAAGACUUGAUAGUAUAAAAUGCAAGCCAGUUUUAAGUGUUGAUGCAUUAAUUUCUGAACUGUUUAGUUCAUACUUGAUGUUCUUUGUGGACGUUAUUUGUUCUGUCCUGUCCAUUUUUGCUUUGAGAAUUAAAUUGUAAAACACCA